AUGAGCAUGGAGGAAAGUUUAUCGGAUAGGUAUUUCAGCUUUCGAAGCAACUUAAAGCAGAGAAACACGUCUCAGAAAUUUUUUGAGUGGAUCCUGAACUACCCCCUGUUCAGCGAAAUUCGAAAUAGCAAUCUGUCUAAUCGCUUCAGCAGCCUGUGCGUAAAUGAAGGGGGAAAUUUUUACCCGAAACAAACGCAGGUAGAAGUGAAAAGGAGACGAUCGAAGAAGAAGGACUCAAGCAUACCCAUCAGUGAACCCAAUGAACUAACCACGAAUUUGAUUAAAAAUGGAAUAAGACAAAAAGAUUAUAGCCUCAUUUUGAAGAACAAGUUUUACGCGAAGAUAAUUAGAAGGAGCGAAAAAAUUUACAAAACAUACAACGAUGAUAUUAAGGAAGAAAGAAAGAAAAAAAAAAUAUUUGAAAAGGUUAAGGAGAAAUAUUUAAAAAAAAGAGAAAACAGCGGAAUGUAUAUCCCACCUAUAAUUCCUGUGAAUUAUUCUGCAAGGAAAAAAAAAAAAAAAAUUCUGGACGAAGAAUUUAAUCCUUUCUUUACCUUCUUCGAAAGGGACAUUAACAAAAAUGUGUACCACGAUAGUAUCAAUUUUUCUCUAAAGACGAUCAUCCAUCUUAAUCGGUAUUUUUACAAAGUAAUAACAAAUCAGCUGCGCUACUACCGGAUUAAGAAUGAUUUAUACGUUCCCAUCGUCAACAUGCUGAAUGAGAUUUCCAAAUAUUACCACAGUUAUGACUACGACAUUUUGACAAACGUGAAGGUAAAAUAUUUCCCCUAUAAGAGCUUCUCAAACAGUUUCUACAUCAACGGGUUGGUGUUCAGCAAUUGCUCUAUAUACUUUGACGAUGUGGAGAUAAAGAACCCGAAAAUAUUGCUCCUAGACGCCGAGAGAAAAAACAAUUACGAAAUCCUGGAACAGUCUUACAACAACAAGUACAAUUACACUUAUUUCAUUUUGAAAAAAUUAAGCAACCGAAAUUUGAACAUUAUUUUAAUUCAUGGGGAAAUAGACUUUUACACGAAGAAAUUGCUAAUGAGUAAAAAGAUAUAUUUUUUUACUAGCAUUAAGAAGAAGAAUUUAUGGCGGCUGUCCAACAUGUUGCGUACGAAGGUUCUAAAUUAUGACGACUUUGUAAACUUCGACCACAACAGUUAUGUAGUCAAGGCAAAUUAUUUUAAAAUUGAAAAAUAUCGAAAAAAUGUGAAGAAUAUUUUUCUCUGUUGUAGCGGCAAUUUUUUGACCAUCUGCAUAUUUGGGAAGAGGGAAAUCGUCCACGAGCCUGAACAGAAGGUUGGAUCUGUGCCCGAAAAUAGCACAUCCAAGGAUACCGGUGUCACCUUUUCCAACAUGGACAACCUAAUAGAGAGAUGCGCACCGAAGAACGCAAUAACGUCUCCGAGGGGAGAUCUUUUCUACACGCUGCUUAAGAAAGAAACCAAGAAACAAAAUAUACUUGAGAAUUUCCUUCAAGUGUAUUACAAGAACAAGAGUGAUGAUUAUAUUGUUAAUUAUUUUUUCCAAAAUAAGGAAAAAAAAAUAAGUCUGAUCGAUAGGGAAACAAGUGGAAACGAGAAAGAGGCACUAAUAGAUCAUAUAAAAAAUAUAAUUAUAAUUAAGAAGGUAAAAAAAUUGGUAAGGUUCUGUGUGUUCUUGACCUACCAUGUAUAUAAACAGCUGUAUUUGAAUAACUACAUGGGGAGAAUGCUACAGAGCAUGCCAACAGGAAAUAUACAGAUAAAUGCAAUUUUCGACAAUUUCUACAAGAAACUGAAUCAAUCCAUCUUAUCCUCUUCCAUUUUUUUUUUCUACAAUGAUACAAAGAAGAAGAUAAAAAAGACACCAAUAAACUUCAUGUCGAAUUUGUUUCAUUUAGUAAAUGUUAAUAACCCACUGACGAGAGAACGGAUGAAAAUUUUGCACAUGUUGAUAAAGACAAAUAAAAUUAUUAAGGACCAAAUAUACAACAAUUACGAACAUUGUUUCUUGAACACUGGAAAAAAUAAAAUAAUAGAUAUAGUGAACUAUUUUUUUUUUAACAACUUCAUGAAAAAUUGGGAAAGCAAUUAUAACUAUAUGUAUUAUUAUUUAAAAAUUAUUAAUAGUUCUUAUUUGUACAGCAAUUGGAAGAGUCUAAUCACAAAUGAGGAGGAUUUUUUGAACGACUCAAAUUUAUUGUCUCAUCCUGUAUUUUUUAAGGACCAAAUUGUGAUGGAGAAAAAGGUGAAUCAAAAGGCCGAAGAAAUUAUUGCCCAGAAUAUCCUUUUCUAUUGUUACCACUUGGAGGUAGCGAAGAAUAUAGAAAUGAUAACUUAUUUUAUAUGUCCAAAUUAUAUGUUCAUUAAUAACUUGUACAACUGUGUGAACAUGUACCAUUUUGACAAUCAGAAUCAUAGCGUGAAGAAGCUCUUCUACAAUUUUUUCUUUAACCAUAAGUACAUAUGCGACCUGUCGUUGCGCCAAUUCGUUUGCGCCAUCCACGAGCUGGCCUACAGUUUGAAUUGCCCCUUCGACGCAUGCGGGAACGAACUCGGCCACCACCAAAUAUGCAUCCAAAUAUUCCUGAAGAGAAUCCUAAUAAUAUUUAAGAAGGAAAGCAGCGAUAGAGAGGAGGACGACGAAGUAAGCAUGAAAAUCAUUUGCAACAAGUGUAACUUUCUUCAGGGUAAAAUUCUCAAGACUAACUUUUCCUUCAGCGAAUUUCUCUUAAGCAUUGUAAACGCGGAUAGUUACGUGAACAUUCAAUGCAACCACAGUGGGAAAAACAACACCUAUGAGUUGAGUUACAAAAAUUUGAACGUUUGCUUUCUCCUGCAUGAUAACGACAUUUACAAAAGUAUCAAACUACACAGAGGUGGCUUAAAGGAGGUUAGGAAAGGGACUAGCAAAGGGGUCCAUUCAUCAACUAGAAGUAGUAAAGGUUGCAGGGCACGUUGCUGUUUACGAGGGAAUGCGCAGAAGAAAUGUGCGAGAAUCUCCAGCACGGAACGGAGAGUUAAGAGAUAUAUCAAGGAGAACAUACAAAAUGUCAUUCGCAGUAGCGUAUUCUACUACUAUCCCUGCAAAUGCGUAACGAGAAAGAAUAAGUGUAAAUUUGAAGGAGGAAAAAAAAAGACAAAAGAACAAGUAUACACAAAUUUUAACCUCUACAAUAUCAUAGAAAAUUUUCCCUUUGUUACAAGCUCUAUGCUUCCCAUGUACUGCUCACUAAAGUACUUAAUCUACAACUGCGUAAUACAGUACUAUAGAUCUAAAAAUAAGCACCUUUAUGGAAAGCCUUCCUCUAAGAAGAGGAAGAAGGAGAAGUUUAAAAAUCCCGUUUCGCCGCUGUACUUUACAAAUAAGUGUAAAAAAUGUAAACACAUAAAAAUUGCCAACUUCUGCGCGCUAGGAUUUUUCAAUGUCUUAUUCAUAAUUAAGAGGAUUUUCUUUAACUUUUACAUCGCUGUGAAUUUUCUCAUCGGUCUGAUCAGUAAAAAUAUUUUUAUUAAGGCGAACGAAAUUGUGUACUGCGUGAAUAACACUGCAUACUUCAUAGAGGAUAAUUUUUUGAUUAUAAAAGGGGAGGUGGAAAGCGGCAAAGAGGACGAAGAAGGUCAGCCAUUAGAUGAACGCAAAUUUGAGGAAUCAAUCCAGAACGGCAAUAGAGGUAAUGAACCGCUUAUCAAGCAAAAAGACGACCUGUUGAGUAGCGUGAUGACCCAACUGAUGUGCGGGAGUGAGAUGAAGGGUACACAAGAAGGGGAUGUGUAUGGCCCUGUACACACAAUGCGUUCAUCGCAUGACCCAGAUGGGGAUGUCAAGCAUAUCACAAAGGAGCAAGCGAUCAACGGAAAACAAGUAUACUUGAGUAAAUCAGAAAGGAUGGUUAGCUGCGAUUCGAAACAGACUAGCAGCGACCGCGCAUAUAUAUUAAAGGAUAUCAACAGAAUAAAAGAAAAUUUAAUAAAACAGUUCUUCAUAUUUAGAAUGUUUAAAAGCAAAAUGGUGCAAAAGAAAAAACACCUAAUAAAAUUGUUCAGGCGUUUUUACACGUACGCAAUUGUGCAUUUGAUGGAGAAGGAGUUCUCGUUGGAUAUAGAAUUGUUUUUCUCCAUGUACAUUAUGAAAUUAGAGAAAAUUAACUUAAGAAUAAAGGGGGAUAUCGAAAGGAUGACCAAGUUGGUUAGCAAUAGGAAAUUACAAUACUUGCGUUACGUUUCACAGGGCACCAGGGACGAUAUCUGUGUGCGGAGACAAUUGAUGAAAUGUUCUAAGGAGACGAUAGAGGAUAUGAAGCUCAGCCCGGAGAACAGCGAAGAGACGUGCUCCAUGAAGCUGCCUUAUUUGCGGCCCAGCAGACAACGUCAUUCUCAACGGAGUCGGCAACGCGGACUGAGCAAAGUGGAACUCAUGAAAAGAUGGAGGAAAUCCAAAAGGGAUAAUGCCUUGGCAAACAGCAUCAACAGUAGGAGAAGAAAGAAGAGCGAAAUGUCGAAUUUUGAAAAUCUCCAAAGUUUGAAUGAAGACAAAUCGGAGUUAGGCAACUACUUCCACUUCGUGCGGGAGUAUGACGUAGAAAAGUUAUACGCGAAGGAGUCCUACUACAUUUAUAACAUCGAGAAUUAUAGGAAGAGAAAAUAUUUAGACGACUUGAACAAGGAAGAAUACCAGCAUUCGAACAAGAAGCUAUUUUAUUUGCACAUAUCUAAAAUAGUCGACUCCGUAAAGGGUUAUAGAAGUAAGAGGAAAAAAACGGGGGGUAUAGAAAAGGAACAAAAAACAAGUACGGUCUUUUUGUUAAAUCCGAGUGACACGUCGAACUCGAUCUUCCAUGCGCUCAUAUCGGAUGAGUACAAGUUGAAGUUGGCCGAAAUUUACGACAAAGAGAGGGAAAUGCUUCUAACGGAGAAGAAACAACACACGUUGGAAAAACAAAUUAAAGAUGCCAAGAAUGAAAUAGCGCAGCUGUGGAGUGAGUUCAAACCAAAUGGGAACAAAGGAAGGGUCACACAGAAGAAAACGCUUUGUGGAAAGAAGAAAUCUCAAAGGGGAAGACAUUCCGCCGUUGUACAUCAUGAGGAUAUAAAGAAAUAUUUAAAGAAAAACAGAAGAAGGAUGACCAACCGAAAUUUAAGAAAUGACAUGAUAAACCAAUUUUUGAGUUGCAAAAAUGAUGAUGUUAUCGUUGUUCCGAUAAACGAAAACAUUUCCGUGUACAUAUAUUUCCCGCUACAGUUUUAUUACCUGAGGAAAUACCUGUGUAAAAGAGAAACAACAUUUUUAAGAUCACUCAUAAAGAGCAACUGCAUCAACUUUGAUCAUAAAAAAAGACACUUCGUAAAAACGUACGACGAUAAGUACAUCAUUAAGGAGAUAAAUAAAUAUGAAUUUAAAUCUUUCAUUACGAGAUAUAAAGAAUUUUUUCAACAUUUUUCGGACAUAUUUUUUCAAGGAAAAAAAUCACUCUUAUGCUUCAUGUUUGGACUGUACCAAAUAGAAGUUAAGAGGAGGAGAAGGAAAACUGUUAAAGCGUACAUCAUUUUGGAAAAUGUAAAAAUUGAAAAUAGAAACUCGAAAAUUUUAAUUUUUGAUAUUAAAGGGGCAAGGAAAAAAAAAAAUUUACAAAAACUCAUCAAGCAGAAUAAGAAGAGUUCCUCCUUCUUCGAACAAAAUGAUGCCUUCUCGUACAACUCCAUCAAAACGACGGAGAAAAAGGAUGUGUCGGAUGGUAAUUCCUCCGGCAUAUCGGAAAAUUUGGGCCAUUUUACAAGGUACAUUCGCAGGGAAAAGAAGAUUAUCUUUAAGGGCGCACCGGUGCCUCCCCAACGGACAAACGGAUGGACAAACGGAUGGACAAACGGAUGGACAAAUGGAUGGACGAAUGGACGGACGAAUGGACGGACGGAUGGAUGGACGGAUGGAUGGACGGAUGGAUGGACGAAUGGACGGACGGAUGGACGGACGAAUAUGUUUUAUAACAAGGCGGAGUACCUGCAGGACUUCUCCGCGGAAAGGACACACACAGUGGAAGGGGCGCAAGGAGGAGAAAACUAUUCCAAACAAGAUGGUGCACACGACAUGGAAGGUCUUCAAAGUAGUAUGCAAAAUUCGGUACCCAAUGGAGAAGUUAAAGGAAGGAAAAAUCUUAUAACCCGUGGCAGAAAAGAGGAAGAAGGGAAUAAGAAACAUAGGACAAGAAACCGAUUAAGAAGCGAAAGUAACGAAGAAAGGGUUAGCAAGGUGUAUAGAAAACUUAGGCAAAAAAUGCUAUGUGGGUUGUUGCGGCAAUAUCUGCUUAAAUCAGGUAAGAAGAUCCAUAUGAACAAUAGACUGAAUACAAAUUUCUCACAAGUGGGUAAGGAAAAAAAAAGUGAUCACAACAAUUGGCGCGUCUUCCUAAAUGAUAUAGUACACCAUACAAGGACGUUCUUAUCUUUAAAUAACAAAAUGACCAAGCUACGGAAGAGGAGAAAUAAGCGUAGUGGAAAAGGAAGCAAAAGGAUCAGAACAAAAUAUUUGUACAGCACGAAGGCGUUACUGCAUUUUUUGGCAAGAAAAAAGGAAUGCAUUUUGAAUAGAGAUAAUUUGAGCAAACACAAAUUAAGAGGAGAAGUGAUGUGCACCCCUCAGGUUACCCCCUCACGGGAAGGAAGCUACAGCUUCUUACAUAAAGAAGUGUCAAAUAGUAAAAAUAUGGAGAGCAUAAAUUCGAUGGAAAAAUAUAAUAAUUUCACAAUAGAUAACUACAAUUGCUUGAAAAAUUAUACUGUCCUAUUUGAUGAUAAUUUUAAAGACUUCAUCAAAUAUAAGGUGAUAAAUUUGGAAUACUGUGAUUAUAAGGAUCUGAUGGAUUCCUUAAGAGAAGAUACCGACUUCUUGUCAGGGCAGGAUAUCAUGGAUUACUCCCUUCUUAUACAUAUAGACGUAGCAAAUUUUGUUAUAAUUUUUAAAAUUAUUGAUUAUUUAAGACCAUAUACAUGGGACAAAUCGGUGGAAAAUUUUAGCAAAAGUGUGCUAUACUUGACCAAGGGAUACAGACCAACUAUUAUACACUCCGAAUAUUAUAAGAAGAGAUUCAUAAGUAACAUUAAAAAAUACAUUUUUUAUUACCUUCCAAUAUAUUCUCUUAAGAAACAAAUUGUCUUUAAAAUCGCAGAGAGGAAGAGCUCCUUUUCUGUAUUCACCUUAAGCCAAAGCCACCCGUUCAAAGUUCAUUUUUUUUACCAACUUUUUCAUUUAAUAAUAAGGUACUAUAAUAAUUACUAUAUUUAUAUGAAAUAUUUUAAUGUUGAUCAGACGUCUUUGCAUAAGUAUUCAUUUGUAAAUAUUUUCUCGAGCAAAAAUUUGCUUACUUUUUUAAGCUACUAUCAAAAGGAAUGUUACUUACAAAAAUUGGAAGAAAAGAAAAUGGAAAUUUCCCAAUUGUGUGACGAUUUUUACCUGCAAAGUAUAUUAUAUGAGGACGAUUUUUCAACACCAAAUACUUCCUCAAGUCCUCUGAAGAGCGAAAUUACACUACGUAAUGGAAAUUUAAAUAGAGAAAUAAUGUCGUUCUAUUUUGAUAGCAACAAAGUAAAUAGCAAUUCGUCUUAUAUGAACGGAGAUGUGUCCACUACCAAAAUGAGAGAGGAAAACGCUCAUCUCUAUAGCCUUGUUUUUCCAUACUGUACUUGGGAUUAUCGUGGGGACACUCGGAAUGGCAGUGUUCUCACAUGGAGGGGAGUUCGAAGCGACCAGAUGGGUGAUAUCAAGUGCGACAGACGCUGCGACGAUGAUGGAUGGGACAUUCCUUCCAUCCGCGAAGCGGACAAUCCAUCGCGAACAAACAAUCCUGCGAAUGCGCAUGCGGAUGCAGAGGAAACCCACGGGCAGGGGAAGCACCCCGCCAACGGUAUGACGAAUAUGCAGAACUUUUUCAGCCAUAGUGACUCCUUUGACGAACAAGAGUACGAAAAAUUGAAAAAACAAUUUUAUAAAAAAAUUUCCCAUUUUCAAAUAAAAAUUUUGAAGAAGUUGCAAAAAAAUAAAUUUAAAAUAGGAAGCAUUUCUCACCUCGUCCAAAACAACGUAUACAUACUCAUGACUGACACGAAUAUGCAUUACACGAACAUGAACUAUCUUGACGUUUUUAACAUUUAUAACAUAUGUGAGAAAGGUUUUCGUUCAGGAAGGAAGCGGUCCAAAUGGCACAAAAGGGAAGACAUCCUUUUGUAUGUUCCGUCCUACUUUCUCUUCGCGCUGAACAAGAACUGA